AUGAAUAUUGUGGGAGCAGGUAAAAUGAGUCUCAUUCGCACGAUGCAGUCACUGCCUGUGAAGACGAGUCAAGGACUGGGGAUGAGCUUGGGGCCCAGCCCCCCGUUUUCAUGUACAAGGUGUUCUGGGCAGCAACCGCCUCGGUCGGCCUCCGGGUCAUGUUCUUCUUCUUAUGUAGACGUCGUAUUAGAUGGUGUCGUGGACGUUGAAGCUCCUUUGAAAGGCUGCGAGGAAGCAUUGGCUCGCUUGCCAGAGGAUCGAUUAAAGCAAUUUAGUUUUUCUAACGGAGAUGAGAAUAAAGCUGUGUUAGGCCAAAAUGAGAGGACCGAUGCGUAA